AUGAAGACAGCUAAAUCUAUCAAUGGAUGUCCCACACUGUCACGAAGACCUCAAUCAGUUAUAACAGACAUAGCAAGUCUUCGAGUCAAUGAGUUUGAUAUGAUUGCUGGUUUGGGCGAUAGUUUGAUGACAGGCUUUGCUUCAGAAAACGUUAAUGCCCUCGAACGCUGGACAAUGGCCAUUAUGCAAGAGCAUCGCGGACAAAGCCCAAUCAUGGGAGGCGAUGAUAACGCUAACACAUUGGCCAAUUUCCUCAAACACUACAACUCUGGGAUAGUAGGUGCAUCGGUUGGUUCUCAUUUGGCUUCGUUUUGUAUUAAUGGCGUAUGCCCAAUACUAUCAAAUUUCUGGGUUCCGUUCAAGGACAACUUAAACGCUGCUCAGACUGGUGCUAUAGCAAAGAAUCUAGAUUACGAAUUAGAUUAUCUUAUACCUCGUAUGAAAACGAUGAUGAAGAAUAAUUUUGAAAAAUCAUGGAAGCUCGUCAAUAUUCAAAUUGGGAGUAAUGAUCAAUGCAGUUCUUGUACGGAAGGACUCAAAAAUGUGGUCUCUCCAGAAGCUUAUAGUGGAUACGUUAUCAAGGCAAUUGAACGUAUCCGAAAUGAAGUUCCUCGAGUGCUGAUUAAUCUGAUCGGCACCUUUGAAGUCUCAAGAAUAAUGGAUAUUCGAGCUCAACAGACUGACUACUGUAAGCCUAAUUUGUUUACAACAAUCGCCGUUGAGUGCUCAUGUCUCGAGCAAGCUGAAGAAGGUUUGAAAAAAAUGGAUGAACAUUGCAAAGGUUACAAUGAACAGUUGAAGAGAAUUGCUGAAAUGUAUGUGCCUUUGCGUAAUAAAACAUUUGCUUUAACUUUCAAUCCGGCUGCUAUCAAUAUAAGCUCGCUUCCCGUUGAUGCUAUCAGUAAUAUCGAUUGCUUCCAUCCUAACGUAAAAGCAGGAAGCUGGGCAUCAAAGGUUUUUUGCCCAUCUGAAAAUGAACACUUUUUUUUAUGA